AUGAAGACGGUCACCGUUCUCAUCCUUGUGGUCUUCUCCAGCUAUUAUGUUGCUGCUCAGUUGGGAGGCAGCCCUGUAGGAGGCCUUGAAGGAGGCACUGGAGGAGGCGGUGGAGGAUUUGGAGGAGGCGCUGGAGGCAGCCCUGUAAGAGGCACUGAAAGCAGCCCUGUAGAAGGUGCUGAAGGCCUUGGAGGAGGCACUGAAGGAAGUGCUGGAGGAAACAAUGGAGGAGGCGGUGGAAGCAGCCCUGUAGAAGGCGCUGAAGGCCUUGGAGGAGGCACUGAAGGAAGUGCUGGAGGAAACAAUGGAGGAGGCGAUGGAAGCAGCCCUGUAGGAGGCACUGAAGGCCUUGGAGGAGGUGCUGGAGAGAGCGCUGAAGGCCUUGGAGAAGGUGCUGGAGGAAGCGCUGGAGGUGCUGGAGAAGGCACUGAAGGCAGCCCUGUAGGAGGUGCUGGAGGAAGCGCUGGAGGCCUUGGAGGCGGCCCUAUAGGAGGUGCAGGAGGGAGCACUGGAGGAGGUGUUGGAGGAGGUGCUGAAGGCCUUGGAGGAGGCACUGGAGGAGGUGCUGGAGGGGGCACUGAAGGGAGCCUUGUAGGAGGUGCUGGAGGAAGCACUGAAGGCCUUGGAGGAGGCGCUGGAGGCCUUGGAGGAGGCGCUGGAGGCGGCCCUAUAGGAGGCGCUGGAGGAAGCACUGGAGGGGGUGCUGGAGGAGGUGCUGAAGGCCUUGGAGGGGGCACUGGAGGAGGUGUUGGAGGGGGCAUUGGAGGAGGAGCUAAGGGAGGUCUUGGAGGAAACUAUGUUGGUGGAGGCAUUGACUGGAAGAAGCCACAGAUAGAUCCCGUGCCUGACAUGUACUUUCCAAAAGUUGGUGGCUAUGGGGGCAAUGAUGGGGGCUAUGGUAGAGGCUAUGGUGCCUGACCAGGAUCAUUCCCGGUCUUAAGGGCUCCACAAGGGAUUCCUGACCGGACUGGCAGAGUCCCCACAAUAAGUUCCAGUUUAUUGUGGCUGAGUCCGCACAAUAAAUUCCCCCCCAUUAUGAUUUUGUUUCCUCUUCUUUCAUGAUUCUUCAUAUUCUCUCC